CCUCCCCCAGCUUCUCACCCAGCGGACAGAAGCUCGGUGUUGCACGGAGGGUCGCUUUCAAUGCGUCCAGGCACUCCAGGCACUCCUGAGUCCGCUGUACCCCUCUUCACAAGCUCUGUCGGACAUGUUCUCCAGGGCCCAAGUGCAGCGAGUUCUGCAGAGGGUGCCCGGGAAGCAGCGAUUUGGCAUCUACAGGUUCUUGCCCUUCUUUUUUGUCCUGGGAGGAACGAUGGAGUGGAUCAUGAUUAAAGUGCGCGUGGGACAGGAGACGUUCUAUGAUGUCUACCGUAGAAAAGCCUCAGAAAGGCAGUAUCAGAGAAGACUGGACGAUGCAUCAGAAACUGAACUUCAGCAGUCAAUAAAGUGAACAUGAAUUUUA